AUGAAGAAAAUGGUGGGACUGGAGAAAGUGUUGGGGAUAACGUUGCCAAGCAACAGCACCAUCACCUGUGACCCAAAUACUGGUCUGCUGGCUUACUCUGCUGGAUGCGUGAUUGUGCUUUUAUGUCCUGAACUCAACAAACAAACCCACAUUUUCAAUACUUCAAGUAAAACGUUGAGUGCUUUGUCCUUUUCCCCAGAUGGAAGAUAUAUUGCUGCUGGAGAGAGUGGGCACAAUCCAGCAGUGCGUGUUUGGGAUGUGGCUGAGAAAGUUGUGAUUUCUGAAUUGUUGGGGCAUAAAUAUGGAGUGUCUUGCGUGCGCUUUUCUUCAGACAUGAAGUACGUUGUGUCCGUUGGCUAUCAGCAUGACAUGGUCAUCAACGUCUGGGACUGGAAGGCAAACAAAGUGGUUGCAAAAAACAAAGUUUCCAGCAAGGUAACCGGUCUGUGCUUUUCAGAGGAUAACAGUUAUUUUGUGACUGUUGGCAAUCGUCAUGUAAAGUUCUGGUAUAUGGAAACUCCCCCCAAAAAUGAGGUUAAUAGGACUGUGCCUCUCGUUGGUCGAUCGGGUUUGUUAGGCGACCUUCGUGAUAAUCUCAUUUGUGGCGUAGCUUGCGGGAAAGGCCGUAAUGCCAGAAGUACAUUUUGUAUCUCUAUUUCAGGAAUCCUCUGUCUUUUCAAUGCAAGAAGAGUCCUGGAGAAAUGGAUUAAGCUAAAGGUGUCCACAUCAAAUUGUCUUUGUGUAACGGAACAGUUUGUAUUCUGUGGCUGUGCGGACGGAACUGUUAGGAUAUUUAAUGCCGAUAACCUUCAGUACAUUACAGAUUUGCCAAAGCCUCAUUAUUUAGGUGUGAAUCUCACACAAGGAUACGAUCCAAGCAUGCUGUUUGCUAAACAGAAUGACUCAGGCUAUCCAGAUACCAUAGCCUUGGUGUUUGAUGAAUACAACCAGUCGGUCUGUUGUGUAUACAAUGAUCACAGUUUGUAUGUGUGGGAUGUUAAUGACCCUAGGAAAGUUGGAAAAGUGUAUUCUGCACUUUACCACAACUUGUGCGUCUGGAACAUAGAGAUCUUCCCAAUGGUAAAAGACAAUCGACUGCCACCAACUGGGUCAUUCCUAACUUGCUCUUCAGAUAACACCAUCCGCCUAUGGAAGACCACCUCAAGCCAAUGUAUAAGGGCGAACAUCUACAGCAAUGACUUGCACAAAGUUAUUUAUGUAAAUGAGAACACCCAGCGUUUAAAAGACAACUUUGGAACGUGUGAAAAAGACGCUAAGGAUUCCAAAAAUGGGGUACGUGUGGUGACGGUUAGUCCUGGCGGCCAACACUUGGCUUCUGGUGACAGAGCAGGGAACAUCCGAAUAUAUGACCUAUUGACAUUUGAUGAGUUGUUGGUUAUUGAGGCUCAUGAUGGGGAAAUCCUAUGUCUUGAAUACUCCAAGCCACUAACAGGAGUGACCAUGUUGGCAUCUGCCAGUAGAGAUCGCCUUAUUCAUAUUCUGGAUGCAGACAAUAAUUACUCAGUCAUGCAAAGCUUGGAUGAUCACUCUUCUUCAAUAUCUUCAGUAAAAUUUGCAGGUGAUGUUGAGCAAAUGCAUUUGAUUAGCUGUGGAGUAGACAAAAGCAUUUAUUUCCGAACUGCACAAAAGCAUGAAGAGGGCAUACAGUUUCUCAGAAUGCACCACGUUGUGGAGAAGACCACUCUAUAUGACAUGGACGUUGAUGUAACCCAGAAAACUGUGGCUGUCGCUUGUCAAGAUAAAACUAUUAGACUUUACAACAAUUUAAAUGGAAAACUGGAGAAGUCUUUCAAAAAUUCUGCAAGUGGAGGCGCAUUGUUAAAGGUUCAGAUCGAUCCUUCUGGAACGUUUUAUGCCACCAGCUGCGCCAAUAAGAAUAUCUGCAUAUAUGAUUUGCAAUCCGGAGAGUGUUUGGCUACCGUAUAUGGGCACUCAGAUCUAGUGACUGAUAUGAAAUUCACCUAUGACUGUAAACAGUUGAUCACUGUAUCUGGAGACAGUUGUGUGUUUAUCUGGCAGCUUGAUCCUGAAAUGACUGCGUGCAUGCAGCAGCGUUUAAAAGAUAUUACAUCACUGGAGAACCCUGAGAUCCCUUGCGAGGACGGCAGCCCAAUUAACAUAUGUGGAAAUACUUUCUUGGUAAAAUUUCUCGAGGACCUAAAUUUAAGUACUUGCACUGUUGAAUCUGCAGAACAGUCAACACCUUUAAGAGACAGCUUUGAGGCAGAAGAUGCACCGUUGCUUCAGACUAAUGGGAAAAUGCCUUUAUGGGUGAAAAAAUUGGAACAAGGCAAAGAGUAUAUUCCUACCAGCAAGACACCGUAUACUUAUCAGCCGCGUGGGCGUUGGGCAAAGAGCGAUAACCUCAACAUAGUAAAGAUUUUGGAAAGCAAAUUUCAGAAUGAUUAUAAUUCUCCAAGCUCUGACAAAUCAGAGACUAGCCUUACAGAAGAUCAGCUAGAGUGUAUGGAACCCAAAAACCUGCAACAUCUCUUGGAGUCAGAAGAAAGAAAUCCUGAAGAUUUUGCAAUCACAGCAUUUACGGACGAGAACGCCUUAGCUUUAGAAGACAGUGAUGAUAAUUUUCGAUAUUCUGGAUCAAAUAUAAUUUAUUACCCUAUGCCCUCUCAUCAGGAUGACAGUGACUUUGCUGUAGAGGAACAGAUCUCAUCAGAAUCAUAUCGGAUCAUCAGUAGUAGGAAUACUUCUAACCUAUCAUUAAGCUCACAACAGUACCGAGACGAUGAGUCCCAGAGCAGUGUGGAGUCCAACUCAGUGGAUGAAGACCAGUUACAGACAAUCUCUCACACCCCGGAGGAAGAGAACUGCCUUUUAAAUAAGUUUGAUAUUUUCAUUGAUCUUGCUGAUGAAAAAUUUGACAACUGUUUGAAGGACCUAAAUCCAUUGGAGGACGAUGAGAAUGAUUUAAAUACUAAUCCCAGGCUCAGCAUUUCUUCAAGAUAUCUGUCGCGUUACCAGAACAAUGACAGGUUUGUUAGUUCAUCGGUUCCUCCUGAACCUCUGGUUCCGCCCUCAACAGACUCCCCUGCAGAAAAUGCACAAGAAAAAAUAAGCACAUUAAAGAAACCAACUCAAAAAUCAGCUGACGAGCUAAUACCUGAGGGACCUGAGAAGAAGAGGUCUUCUAAGCGAGAUGUGAAAGGUUCUUCAAAAACAGCAAGUUCACGCAUGUCAUAUCCUGGCUGCUGGCCCACGAAGACUAAAGAACAAAGCACCAAUAGAAGGCAGUCUUAUAUGGAUCACACCGCUAGCUCCAAGGCAAAGGUGCAGCGCAGCGUGUCAGUGGGAGAGAACAUAAACUGCGUUGGAGGAGAAGACCAUAGUCAGGCUAAGAUGGAUAGGUCUGUGUCCAGCAUUGAUUUGUAUUCCUUGGGAUCAAGCAAGAGUCUGGAGACUGAGAAACAGUCCAGUGUGAUGUGUUCUGGAAACAAAGAAUCAAGAAGGGCGACGUCAGUUACUUCUAGCACAGCGUCCGAUAGACUGUUAAUGCCACCACCGUCAGCCUGUGGUGUUCUCCCUCGUCUAAAGAGAAAGGCCAGAUCAAUGACUAAUCUAGAUAAAAACAACCAAACAAGCAAUUCAACUCAUACGAUAGACAUUCCAUUACAGAAACGAGACUGGGAGGACCAAUAUGAUGCAGUUCUUCUUGGUAAGUUCAAAACAACCCUUGAGGAACUUCAAAGCACUUUUCAGACAGCACUGAAAAUUUAUAAUGAGAUUGAAUUGUGUGGAAGCUCCCAGAGGAGAGUACAGGUAAAGUCUCUAUUGUCUGAGGCUUUGGAUCACGUGCAAACAGUGACUGAUUUGAUGACAUCCUAAAGAGUGUCUAAGCAUCAUGGGAAAUGUAGUUCCAAAACAUCUGGGGGCCCAAGAUUGCUGACCCCUGGCCUAACCGACCUACAGCUGAUACCAUAAAGUGCAGCGUUUUCCCAUGAGCUCUACUAAUUCAGUGUAAAUUUAUAAUUGUUAAUGUUUGGUAUUUAUAUUCUCUUUUUUAUUCAGCCCCCUGUGAAUUCUUUGUAAGAGAGUAUACAGCCAGAUGUAUCCCUUGUAAAAAAAUAAUGUAAUUGUGAUAAAGUUCUAUUUGUAUAUCACUUAAAAUAAUUACACAAUUAAUGUUCAUGUGCUAAUAAUAAUUUGUGUGUAUAUAAAGUUUUUUCUGGAAAAGUUA